CAUGGAUCACAUCACUGUUAUUCCUUCAAAGCGGUUUGUGGAAAUUUUGCAAGAGCUCCAGAAUGCAUUUGGAGCUCCUGAUAGCAUAAAACAAAAGCUCAAUGAGAAAGAGGACUGUUCAGAAAGGAAAAUUAACUUAACCACGCAUGAAAUAAAAUGGUGUCAUACAAAAAUGAGAGAGCGAGGCAUCUCAGAGAGAGUGCACGAAUUGUUGUCCGAGAGUGAAAUAGUAUUGCCAAAAUAUGAGCCACCGCCAAGGAAUCCCGAACUUGAGGCUCGAAUUCAGAGGCUCCGAUUUGAACAGGAAAACCGCGAGUACAGACAUAUGACCAGGUCUGUCGAUGCUUCUUAUGGACAGCAGGCCGCUAACUUUGGAGAUAUUGGAAAAGAGAUGAAAAGCAUUAAUAAGCAGAUGGUUUCGGGGGCACAGUAUUUGUUGUCUAUUGUUGGUACAUUCUUUGCUGUCUUUAUAGCGGGUGGUUUGGUGACCUCAGAUUAUGGGGUGAGAGCCUUGGUAGCAACAGUUUCAGCUGUGGCUGUUGGUUUAGCAGAAAUGUUCUUCAUCAUUAGAGAAGAUUUGAGGGAGGAGGACAAAUUUGAGAAGAAAAAAUAGUGCCAAAAGAGAAGUCAAAAUUUUUGUGUACAUAUAGCAUACAUAUACAGUGUAUAUAAUAUAUAGCAUCAUUAUCUUAUUCAAUAUUUAACUAAAGAAAAGUAGCACUUGCUGAUCUGUAAUGUAAGUGGGAAGAUGAUUUUACUGUAUGCUAUAACUUUUAGGAUUUCCAUGGCAUGAUUGAGUUUCCUAAUAAAUUUUAUUCCUAUGAUUCUUAUGAUUAUUCAAGUAAAUUUUGUGCCAAUUGAUGUCAGACACAAGUGAAGUAAAUCUACCUUAGAAUAUAUGUCUUACUCUACAGCACAUGUGUGGCACUGGAGAAGUUAUACUGUAUUUGAACCUUUUAUAAGGAUUUGGUUGUUCUAUGUCAGUCUGUUAGCAUAACUGAUUAGUGAAAUAUUAUAGCGGACAUGUACCAGUAAAAUAUACCCACUCAAAAUGAAACCCCACUGUAUAGAAUUUGCUUUACAUUAGCUAGUUCUUAGAUUUAAAUGACUGUAGACCAAUUAGAUCGACAGAUCACUUACUGUUGCAUAGAACAAUCAGAGAGACAGAUCUCCCUUACUUUGUUGCAUAGAACAAUCAGAUGGACAGAUCUCCCUUACUUUGUUGCAUAGAACAAUCAGAUGGAUAGAUCUCCCUACCGUUGUAUAGAACAAUCAAAUGGAUACAUCACCCUGGUCAGAUCAUUCUGUAAAUUUAGGCAGUCCUACAGUCUAGAGAGUAAGAUUAUUCACUUGUAAUGCAUGAAACAAACAAGCCCAGCAUAAAAAAAAAGAUUGAAAAUUGAGAUUAAUAAAUUGAUUGAUUAUAAUUACAUCCCUGGUGAUGCAACAGCUUAGGUCACAUGUCGCCAAAUUAAACUAAAGGCUUAAAAGACUAAAAUCAAAUAAUCCAAGGUAAAAAACAUGAGUAAUAAAUAAAUAAAAAAUUGGA